GCGCAGGCGCUGAACACGCACGUGACCAGCUGUUGUCGUCUUUGCCGUAAAGAAAUAUCGCACCCAGGUGGCUGCUUUGGUACAUUACAAUGAUUUGCCAGGUUACGUAGACCUUUGCUGCGGUAGUGGCACGUCUUCGGCAUUGUGGUUUUUCCAGAAUGAAAUAUGGUUGAUAACUGUUUCCGCUUUCCUGUGUCUGUGGCUAUGAACACGAGGCGCGGAACGCAUUUCCUGGUUGUGGAGAUUCUGAUAAUUAGCAUUAUUCAAGUCCAGCAGAAGCGUUUGUUUGUGUUGUAGACGGUGAUGCAGACUGUGAGUUCAUGUGCGGAAUGUACGUGAUGCAAAGACUUGAAAGAGAUGGCUGAUAAAGGUAUAGUUCACAUUUUUAUCGGAGCUCCGACUAUAUCACCAUCUGUGCCAUGGAAAUCUGACAUAUAUCCUUCAGAUGUUCAAAAAACGAAGUGGGAAGAAAUCCCUUAUGAUUACAAUGAGCAAACUCUAUGCUUGCAAAAUAUAAGCAACAGCAAAACGUCAGUGACUCCUGAGUUACUUGGAGGUGCCCUAUAUGGCAACCAGAAUAAUCACAUAUCUGUAGGUUGUGAUAGAUCUGAGCAACUGCCUGUUGUUUCGUCUAAGUAUAAAACAAAUUUUGCGCAGAAAGCAGCUACCCAUAGCACUGGGAUCAUUUCAGAUUUGGUAUUUAAUACAAAAAAAUGUCAUAUAACGUCAAGUUUCCAUAAAUCUGCAAGAGCCGCAAAUGCUGGUCUUCGUGAUCACUUGGAUGCAUCAUUCUCUGAAAAGACAGAAGAUCAUAAUGGUGUGCAAACAAAUCCUGAUAUAAUAUCUGCUGAAACAGAGUUCCUAACAGUUUUGACAUCUAGCCAGGUUGCUGUAGAAGGUUGUGCGAACGUGUUUGAGUAUUGUGUACCUUUUGCACAGGAUGAAACAAAACCGUACAGUCCUUCCAGGCAUUACCAAUCAGCUGGUUCCCCAAAAAUGGUUUUAAGGACAACCACUGCAGCAGAAUCUACAGCUCAAGAUUAUUUUGCCUGUUCUCUUGAACUUUUUACUCAAAUAUCUGACCAUGAGUCCAACAAAGCGGCGUCAGCAGUUCAAAAAUCUGAAAUGUGUCAAGAAAAUAUGAAAUGUCUAGAAAAAUCCACUGCUGGAAUCAUUGAGCUCAGUAACCAUGUUGAGAGUACUAGCUGCAAAAGAAAAAAAAUCAUCACAACUUCUCCCUCUCCUAAAAUUGAUCAAAAGUCUAAAAAGCCUAAAAAUUCCACCUCAUUAGAAUUCCUUAAGAGAAGGUUUGAUGAGCAUAGACUGCAAACUCCUGUAAAUUCAUUGACUCUUCUUAAACACUGCUCAGAAAAAAACAAAGAGUACAAUAUUUUGGCUGUUGUACUACACCCUUGUUAUGUAAAAGAAAUCCAGAUAAAAAGUAGACCAAAUGCUGGCUCUUCUUGUCCAUUGGCAACAAUUAUUGUUUUGGACCAGUCAGCUGCUGAAUGUAAAGUACUCAUGUGGAGAUCUGCUGCAUUUUGGAGUUUAGCUUUAUUCCCUGGGGCCAUUAUAAUGUUAACAAAUAUGAUGGCGUCCGAAGAUAAAUGGAAUGAAAAACCCUUUCUACAGUCUACUUUUAGGAGUCGAUUGAUACAGUUUGGAAGCUGUUCUACUCUUUUACCAGAAGAAAGUUCAAACAUUGUGAAUUAUUCAGUUCUACAGGAGUUAAUGGACUACAUUCAUAUUAAUCAUUAUUACUUAAAACAACUGCCUCCAAGACAGCCCCAGAAACUGGACAACAUACAAUAUGUCAGACUUGCCCAGCUUCAACCAGAAUUGCUUGUACAUUCAAUUUUAAAAGUAAGAAGUAUUUCCAUUCUAAAGGAGUGCACAUAUCACUUCAAGGGGUUGCAGCAACAAAAAAUAAUUUUGACCAUUGAAGAGGUCAGAGGACAAAUGGGUGCCUUAAUACUGUGGGGAGCAAGCAUUUCUUGGUGUGACCAGAUCCGCCGCAAAAUGGGUCACAUUUGGGCUUUUAAAUACUUAUUGGCAAAGAAGAAUUUAUUUUCUGGAGAUCUGGAGUUACACACUACUCCAUGGUCCUACUGUGAAUGCUUGUUUGAUGAUGACAAAAGGGCUGUAGAGUUUCAAAAGCGGUACAUUGAACUUGUAUUAGAAAAAAAACAGAUGAGCAUGAUGGCCAUUAUUGAAGAUAGAUAUUCAGGUGACAUCCAGGUGAAAGCUGGCAUUUCACAAUUGGAAUUUCUUAUUCCAGGCAAUGAGAACAUCUUCAUGACCCAAGAGACCUCCAUUACAUAUAUUCUGAUGUCUCUGCCUGCAGUUAUAUACUCAGGCUGUGGAAAAUGCAAAACAGAGUUAAAAGUAGAUGAUAACUAUGUAUAUGAACAGUGCCUCAUUUGUUUACCAUAUAACCAAGUUAGAACUAUCUACAGGCCUGUGCUAAUGACUAUUACAAGUGAGGACUGUGGGUUACGUGUCCAUGUCCCAUCAGAUAUUCUUGAGAAAAUCUUUUUAAAUAUAUCUCCUAAUUUAUUACACAAAACUGUAGACGGCUUCUCAGAUGUAACCUAUGGGACUGUCGUAGCAGACCUUUGCCAUUCUCUUAUGGCCAAGACUGGAGAAUCUUAUUUGUUCCUCAUAAGAAGUCACUUUUUGCUUGAUGAAAAUAGCGUACCAUUAGAGCAGGAAUUUCAUGUUUUGGAUUUUCAUCUUGAUCUUUAAUGUAAACUGUCAUUAGAGGUUUUUGGGGGGUUUUUUUACAUUUACGAGUGGCCUAAAUAUUAUGAAAUUGUAAAGGUGAAUGGUAUUUUUUCUUUCGGGGUGAGACCUCCACAACUGUUUUUUACUAGUUAUACCUAGCUUUGUGCUGUUUCAUGAGAUUCAUGUGAUUUUUAUCUAAUUUUGAAUGAUUCAUUGAUGCAAUAACAUCUAUUAAAAUUGACUUCUA